AUGCUGAGCGGCAAACAUCCUGCUGAAGACGCCGACGGCAAUGAACUUUACGUGCAAGCAACUGUUGCAGAACACGCACGCGACUAUGACACUGCUUUUAAGCUAUACCUUUCAGCGGCCCAAGCGCAUCUACAUCGCGCGAGAGGUCUUCCGUCGCAGCGCGCAGCAGACCGUGCGAAGUGCAAAUCGGAUGCUGGCAUAUGCCUUGAGCGGGCCGAGCGCAUAAAGGCUGCACGGAAGGAUAGCUUAAAACCAAUCGACCGUGAUCCGUUCUCAAAAGAAGAGCAGACCUAUGUUUUGGACAAGUCAAGCAAUAUAAACGAUAUAACAUUUCCUAUCUGGUCGAAUAGUGAUACUGUUCUCUCAGGCCAAUCGGACGCAAGUAUACUCCCACCUCUUAGCUCCUCUCUUCUUUCCGUUUCCUCAGUCUGGAAGCGGCCGGUGGAGAUCUAUGCCUCUGAGUACCUUUCCUUGGCUGGAGCAACCCUGCAACCGCAUCAAAUUCGUCAGAAUAUUGUUACAGAUUGUUCUGUCUGUAGUGCUGUUGCAAUUUGCCUGCAUCACCACCGCCAAUUCAGCUCCAAGCUAGGCUUAUCGUGCAUUUUCCCAAAAACUGCGGAAGGUCUUCCCUCAAUUUCGCCAAAUGGUAUAUAUGCUUUCCGCUUUUUUGUCAAUGGAGGCUUCCGUAAAAAAUUGUCACCAACAGCAAUUGAUGAUAGGCUUCCAUUUACGACAAGCGGACAGCCGCUUUCCAUAAUGUCUUCGCUUGGCCAAAGUAAAGUAGAUAUAUGGGCUGCACUACUUGAGAAAGCUUACAUGAAAUUUAUGGGAGGAUAUGACUUUCCCGGCUCCAACUCGAGUAUAGAUGUGCACGCGUUGACUGGAUGGAUACCCGAGCACCUCGAAAUAAACAGCUCGGCAUUUGUGCGGGAGAAGGUCUUUAAACGCGUCCACGAAGGUUUCAAUCAAGGCUCUUGUGUGCUGUCCCUUGGUACAGGCAAUCUUACGAACGACUCCCUUCUGUUAGUAACAGCACUUAAUGGAACACGGACAAAACUAUUGCCGACACACAGUUAUGCAGUCACUGGAGUGCAGGACGUAGCCGGGGAUCGGUGGUUGACAAUUUUAAACCCAUGGAAUGGCAGCGCUGGAACGAAUAGUGAAUCUAGCAUUGUCGGGGAGUUUGAGAAAUUACAAAUCGGUAAUGAGAACCGAGCUGGGAAGGAAGUUAUUGACGUUUCCUGGGACGAAGUAUGCACUGUCUUCGACGGCCUGUACUUGAAUUGGGAUCCCAUCCUAUUCAAAUACAGUACCACGUUUCACGGCUCCUGGCGAACCCAUGCGGGAAGCAACGCUCCACAAUGUACCCACUACUACCUUAAUCUCGACUUGUCUUCAGGUCCUCAGGAUCCCAAACCCAAUAGAAGGCAUGAGCACGAGUUAUGGAUUCUGCUAUCGCGUCACAUUGUGGAUAAGCAGCAUGCCGGUGAGUUCAUUGCUGUGCACGCCAUUCAGCUGGAACAAGAAGAAGCGAGACGGGAAGUUGGCACGGCGAGCGCAGAUCUAGACGUGAAGGGGACGUACACGAGUAACACACACUCAUUGAUUCGUCUUAGCGUCAUAGGAUCCACAAGCCGAGUCGCAAUCGUAGCGUCGUACGAUGGACCUCAUGCAGAUGUGUGUUUUUCUGUGCAGGCGUUUUGUGACAGCGCGGACCUUAUAUGGGCCGUGCAGCCUCGGAGAAGUGCGUACGAGCGUUCAAUCGAGGGCGCCUUCUCCUCACGGAAUGCGGGAGGCAACUGCACCUAUUCGACAUUCAUGAAUAACCCCCAAUAUCGGCUCAGACUGUAUCCCGACAGUAGAGGGUCUGUGACAAAUCAGUCGGGUGUGAUGGAAAGGAUGCGGAGAUCGUUAGUCCGAUUGAUUGUCGAAGGACCACGAAACAUUCCACUCAACGUCAUGCUCGUAUGGCGGACCGAGGCUGAAGCUAAAGAGAGAGUUCUUCAAGUGCGGCCCGGUGACGCUGUGGCUAAUUCUGGACCAUACAGUUAUGGGAUAGCACAAGCUGGUGGGUCGGUAACACCUGGAGAGUAUUGUAUUAUUGUAUCUACGUUCGAACCGCGUCUCCGCGGGAAUUUCGCACUACGAAUUGAGAGUUCUCUACGAAUGGAGGUUGAGGAUAUCCCUGCCGAGGGUGCUGGGAUGUUCUGCAAGACUAUCAAAGGGGCAUGGCAGCCUGGUUUAGACGGUGGUAGCCCGCGAUAUGGCAGAUAUGACCAGAACCCGAUGUUCGGGAUUGAAAUACGGACGGCGACAACACUCAAGUUGCGACUUCAAUUGGCGAAGCCAUCAGCAUCUAUCGCGUUGAAUGUUACCCUCUAUGCUUCACCCAUCAGUCACUUUACCUCCUCCACUCCCUCAGCUUCUAGUUCAAUUUUGUCCUCGCCGUUACGUCGAACGCAGAUCCGCCUAGACCGUCAAGUAGCAACAUCAGGAGCAUACGUGGAUGGAAGCAGUAGCCCAGCGGGCGUCGUGAUUCCCCAAAUGUCGAUUUCUCCCGGAAAGUACAUUGCCGUUGUGUCAACCUUCGACCCUGGCACACAUACUGCAUUCCAACUUCUGGUAUUCGCAAAGACGGAUGUACGGGUUUCUUCCAUCUCCGAGUGA